AUGACCGUGGAGCAGAAUGUCCUCCAGCAGCAUUCUCAGAAGCAUCAACAGACUCUACUAAACCAGUUGAGAGAAGUUACAGGCACUACAGAUGUUCAGUUGCUUCAACAGGCUCUUCAAGUGAGCAAUGGAGACCUUGCAGAGGCAGUGGCUUUUCUAACGGAGAAAAAUGCUAAAGUUCCUCAGCAACAGGAUGAGACGACCUACUACCAGACGUCUCAAGUGGCCAGUGACAGAUACAUCAGUGUGGGAAGCCAGGCAGACACAAAUGUGAUAGAUCUCACUGGAGAUGACAAAGAUGACCUCCAGAGAGCCAUUGCGCUCAGCCUGGAGGAGUCAAGCCGGGCAUUCAGGGAGACUGGCAUCACCGACGAGGAGCAGGCUAUAAGCAGAGUUUUAGAAGCGAGCAUUGCAGAAAACAAGGCUAGUCUCAAGCGCACCCACACAGAGGUGUGGAGCGAUUCUCCGAAUCCACAUGACAGGAAGAGGAUAGACAACUGCCCCGUGGGUCUGAAAAAUGUUGGCAAUACUUGCUGGUUCAGUGCUGUUAUACAGUCGUUGUUUAACUUGUUGGAGUUCCAAAGGCUUGUCCUCCACUAUUCCCCUCCAGUCAGAGUUCAGGACCUGCCACGAAACCAGAAGGAACAUAGAAACUUGCCUUUCAUGCAAGAGUUGAGAAACCUGUUUUCUCUGAUGGUGGGCUCCAAGAGGAAGUAUGUGGAUCCUUCACGAGCUGUGGAAAUACUGAAAGAUGCUUUUAAGUCCAGUGAGCUGCAGCAGCAGGAUGUGAGCGAGUUUACCCACAAGCUGCUGGAUUGGCUUGAAGAUGCAUUUCAGAUGAAGGCCGAAGAAGACAGGGAGGGUGAGAAGCCAAAGAACCCAAUGGUGGAGCUCUUCUAUGGACGCUUCCUUGCUGUUGGUGUCCUAGAAGGUAAGAAGUUUGAGAACACAGAGAUGUUUGGGCAGUACCCUCUGCAGGUGAAUGGCUUUAAGGACCUUCAUGAGUGUCUGGAGGCCGCCAUGAUUGAGGGAGAGAUUGAGUCGCUCCACUCAGCAGAGAAUUCAGCCCGAUCCGGACAAGAGCACUGGUUCACAGAACUUCCACCUGUGUUGACAUUUGAACUCUCUCGAUUUGAGUUCAAUCAAGCUCUGGGACGUCCAGAGAAGAUUCAUAACAAACUUGAGUUUCCCUCCAUGCUUUACAUGGACAGAUAUAUGGACCGGAACAGAGAAAUAACCAGGAUAAAGAGGGAGGAGAUCAGAAGGCUGAAAGAGCACCUUACAUUACUCCAACAGCGACUAGAAAGGUAUCUGAGCUAUGGCUCUGGCCCCAAGAGAUUUCCUUUGGCAGAUGUUCUCCAGUAUGCCAUGGAGUUUGCCUCUAGUAAGCCAGUUUGCACCUCUCCUGUGGAUGAUAUCGAUUCCUCAGCAGCUCCUGGAGGUGCAAUAGGUCAACAGCUGCCCCUGCCAAGCAUAACCGAGCAGGAUUCUGUGGUUCCACUCGACACUACGUGUCCAGCUACAUCAACAGCAACGGCUUCCACAGGACCACAGCAGCAAAGAUUGCCCAUUCAUAAACCCUUUACUCAGUCACGGUUACCUCCGGAUCUCCCUAUGCACCCUGCUCCACGUCACAUUAGUGACGAGGAGCUGAGGGUGCUGGAAGGCUGUUUACACCGAUGGAGGAGUGAAGUGGAGAAUGACACUCAUGAUCUACAGGGAAGCAUUACCAGACUUCAUAGAACUAUUGAGAUGAUGUACGCUGACAAAUCAAUGAUGCAGGUUCCAUACCGUCUCCAUGCUGUACUUGUGCAUGAAGGCCAGGCCAAUGCAGGCCACUACUGGGCGUAUAUCUAUGAUCCCCAUCAGCGCUGUUGGAUGAAGUAUAAUGACAUCUCGGUCACCAAAUCAUCCUGGGAGGAGCUAGUGAGGGACUCUUUCGGGGGCUACCGCAACGCAAGCGCAUACUGUCUCAUGUACAUCAAUGACAAGAAACCCUUCCUAAUAGAAGAGGAGUUUGAUAAAGAAACAGGUCAGCUACUGAGUGGUCUGGAUAAACUGCCGCCAGAUUUGAAGCACUAUGUGAAGGAGGACAACGAGUUGUUUGACAAGGAGGUUUUGGAGUGGGAUGCCCUGCAGGCUCGAAAGGCCCAGCAGGAGAAACUAGCUCUAGCAACAGCUGCUGCUGCUGCGGCUGCUGCUGCUGCUACUGCUGCUGCAGCAGCCUCAGCUGCCUCCAGUACCUCCUCCUCCUCAUCCCCUCAACCUAUGAGCAUCGAGUCCAGCACCCCGGACAAUGCAGUUCCUCAACAGGACCCUGAGUACAUGGAGCAGCCUUCACCAACCAAUGACUCUAAGCAUUUGCAGGAGUACACAGAAAGGGCCAUUUCUAAAGCUGUUGCUGAGCAGGAAGAAAGAAGUCCAGAAGCAUUACUAAAUGCUUCUCCUCACUCUCCCUCCUCUCUUCAGCCUGAGGCCAACCCCCCCUCGGCCCCCUCCCCUGACCUGGUCAAAGAGGAUCAGUGCCAUGGCCAGCGCACAGUAGAGGUGGCCAUACCUCAUGUUGGAACCUUUGUCAUAGAGGCAGAGGAAGGGGGAUAUGAUGACGAGGCUAUGAUGACCCCGAACAUGCAGGGUAUUAUUAUGGCCAUUGGCAAAUCCAGCAGCGUUUAUGAAAAGAAUGGGCCUGAGGCGGCCUUUUUUAAGGCGAUCAAGCUGGAGUAUGCUCGGCUUCUGAGAUUUGCUCAAGAGGACACUGCUCCAGAGAAUGACUAUCGAAUUCAGCACAUCAUUGUCUACUUCAUUCAAAACCAGGCACCGAAGAAGAUUCUGGAAAGAACACUCCUCACUCAGUUUGCAGACAGGAACCUGGCGUUUGAUGAGAGAUGUAAAAGCAUUAUGAAUGUGGCACGUGCCAAACUUGACCUCAUUAAGCCUGAAGAGGUCAACAUAGACGAGUAUGAGAUCUGGCAUCAGGACUACCGGAAUUUCCGUGAGACGACAAUCCUUAUGACGAUCGGAUUGGAGCUGUAUCAAAAGACAAACUUUGUGGACUCUCUUAUGUAUUUGAUAUAUGCCUACCAGUACAACAAAGAGCUUCUGUCCAAAGGACUCUACAGAGGGCAUGACGAAGAGCUCCUGGGAUUUUACAGGCGCGAGUGUUUGCUGAAACUAAACGAGCAGGCAGCAGCCAUGUUUGAGGCUGCAGAGGAGCCAGACGUCGGCACAGGGUUGGGAGUCAUGAAUGAACUGGUGGUGCCCUGUAUUCCACUGCUGCUGGUGCACGAAACAGAGAAAGACCUGCUGGCUGUGGAGGACAUGCGCAACCGCUGGUGCUCUUACCUGGGCCAGGAGAUGGAAGCAAACCUACAGGAGAAAUUAACGGACUUCCUUCCCAAGUUAUUGGACUGCUCAACUGAGAUCAAAAGUUUCCAUGAUCCUCCUAAAGUCCCCAGUUACUCAGCCCUCGAGCUGUUUGAACGCUUCAACCGCAUCGUGUCCAUUAUGGGGAGGGGGCCCAGUGAAGGCAGAUGA